CGUUGCUGGUGCUGUGUAGGGUCGAAGGAGUCCAAUGGAGACGAGCCAUUCUGUGCGGGAGAUGCAGGCUGUGGAGGAGGAACAUAACAGUGAUGGUGAUGAGGAGGAGAAGGGGUUUGUGGAUGACGCAAAGAGGUUUGAGACGAAUCUUGAAAAGUAUACACAGGACUUGGCUGCACUUAUUGGGUCACCAAAUUUUCAAGAAAUGCUUAAGGAUGUCAUCAAUAAAGAGAAAGACAUAACAGGUCAGAAGUAUGAUGUGUUGAUAAACUCACUUCGGCAAGAAAUGCGGGGGCUGAGCGACGCGAGAGCUCGUGAUGCAGCAGAGAUUAAGCUGCUGCAGACACAGGUGGAGACAUUGAGGAAGGGAGCGGACUUGGAUCGGGGAGGAAAAACAGGAAAUGGAAAUGGUAAUGAUGUGGAAGCCAUAAAGAAUCAGUUAUGGGUUGUGGACAGUGAAAUUCUGUCACUGAAAUCACACAUAGGAGGCGGAGAAAGAGUGGUGAACAAGAAGAGAGUCAGUGGUUCUUUGAGUGGCAAUUCCACAGCACGCAAUGGUAAUGGUGCUGCAGAGGCGGGUCAAGAGAUGGAGGCGAUGAUCGACAAGCUCCGGGGGCAAUUCACACAAUUACGUCAGGAUUUGUUAGCCAAUUUUGACGAGAAAGCGAAAGCCAUGAGACGGAUAGAAGCCGAAAACCAGUUGCUCAAGUCUGGCAAACCUGUGAUAGUUCAGGAAUCGAGCAAUGCGGAGUUGGAAAAAGAGUUGGACAUGCUGAGGGAGGAGGCAUCAAAUCAUGCCAAGGAGAGGCAAGCAUUGAUAACCAUUCUUGAUAUGAAAAUCCGUGCAUUGGUUGAUGGCAUCGGCCGCUCCACUGCUGAGCUGGCACCAGAGUUGCUCAAGAACCCCAAGUUUGCCCGAGAAUUCCAUGCUCUUGAGAAGCUUGUAGCGGCCACGGUCACAGCCAUGCAGGCCGAUGACGAUGGCAAGGAGGAGGAUGGGAAGUCAUGACCAGUGGUUCAGCACCAGAACUCUCCAUCUGCGUCUACGUCCCAUUGAUAUCCCCUCCAGUACCAGCCGCAACGAAGUUUCUCCACCCCAGCCUGCCACAGGGAAUUCCAAACAAUGUCAUGCCGUGUUCCUCAUCAUAUGACUGUACCAGCAUUUUGUGAACAGUAGGUAGUUCAAAGCUUGGGACAGAGAUGUCUCAGACACUGAGAGGAUGUCCCAAUUGUGGUACCACCUGCCUUAUUUAGAUCCAGCACCCAUGCUGACUUCUGAAGUGAGCAAGGUGGCAAGAGUGAAUCAUCCAUGGCUCAGACACUGACAGGAUGUCCCAGUUUUGGGACUACCUACCUCAGGUAGAUCCGGCACCCAUGCUGACUUUUGAGGUGAGCAAGGUGGCAAGGGUGAAUCUUCCUCUCUCCCUCUCUCUCCCCUUUUCUUUUCAGAUUUAAGUUCUGUUUUACCAUGGGUGUGCGGCCCUAUGCAAAGUUCGUAGGCUAUGGUGGUUGUGUUCAGAUGUUUUUGUCUUCUUCUGUAGCAUAAGCAGUAUCCGUGAGUCAGAGACACUGUGGGAACAAAAUGGGCCGUCUUCA